GGCGGCGGCGGCGGCGGCGGCAGCGGCGGCGGCGGCAUUAGCGCUGGCGGCGGCGGCGCCUCCAGCACCCCCAUCAACGCGAGCACCGGCAGCAGCAGCACCGGCAGCAGCAGCAGCGGCAGCAGCAGCAGUAGCAGUAGCAGCAGCAGCAGCAGCAGCAGCAGCGGCGGCUGCGGCCCCCUCCCCGGGAAACCCGUGUACUCGACCCCGUCCCCAGUGGAAAACACCCCUCAGAAUAAUGAGUGCAAAAUGGUGGAUCUGAGGGGGGCCAAAGUGGCUUCCUUCACUGUGGAGGGCUGCGAGCUGAUCUGCCUGCCCCAGGCUUUCGACCUGUUCCUGAAGCACUUGGUGGGGGGCUUGCACACGGUCUACACCAAGCUGAAGCGGCUGGAGAUCACGCCGGUGGUGUGCAAUGUGGAACAGGUUCGCAUCCUGAGGGGACUGGGCGCCAUCCAGCCCGGAGUGAACCGCUGCAAACUCAUCUCCAGGAAGGACUUCGAGACCCUCUACAAUGACUGCACCAACGCAAGUUCUAGACCUGGAAGGCCUCCUAAGAGGACUCAAAGUGUCACCUCCCCAGAGAACUCUCAUAUCAUGCCACAUUCUGUCCCUGGCCUCAUGUCUCCUGGGAUAAUCCCACCAACAGGUCUGACAGCAGCAGCCGCAGCAGCUGCCGCCGCUACCAAUGCAGCCAUUGCCGAAGCAAUGAAGGUGAAAAAAAUCAAAUUGGAAGCCAUGAGCAACUAUCAUGCCAGUAAUAACCAACAUGGAGCAGAUUCUGAAAAUGGGGACAUGAAUUCAAGUGUCGGACUGGAACUUCCUUUUAUGAUGAUGCCCCACCCUCUAAUUCCUGUCAGCCUACCUCCAGCAUCUGUCACCAUGGCAAUGAGCCAGAUGAACCAUCUCAGCACCAUUGCAAAUAUGGCGGCAGCAGCACAAGUUCAGAGUCCCCCAUCCAGAGUUGAGACAUCUGUUAUUAAGGAGCGUGUCCCAGACAGCCCUUCACCUGCCCCCUCUCUGGAGGAGGGCCGGAGGCCUGGCAGCCACCCAUCAUCACAUCGGAGCAGCAGCGUGUCCAGCUCCCCAGCACGGACUGAGAGCUCUUCUGACAGAAUCCCUGUCCAUCAGAAUGGGUUGUCCAUGAACCAGAUGCUGAUGGGCUUAUCACCAAACGUACUCCCGGGGCCCAAAGAGGGAGAUUUGGCUGGUCAUGAUAUGGGACAUGAAUCGAAAAGGAUGCAUAUUGAAAAAGAUGAGACCCCGCUUUCCACACCAACCGCAAGAGACAGCCUCGACAAACUUUCUCUAACUGGGCAUGGACAACCACUACCUCCAGGUUUUCCACCUCCUUUUCUGUUUCCUGAUGGACUGUCUUCCAUAGAGACCCUUCUGACUAACAUACAGGGGCUCUUGAAAGUUGCCAUAGAUAAUGCCAGAGCUCAAGAAAAACAAGUCCAACUGGAAAAAACAGAGCUGAAGAUGGAUUUUUUAAGGGAAAGAGAGCUGAGGGAAACACUUGAGAAGCAGUUGGCUAUGGAACAAAAGAAUAGAGCCAUAGUUCAAAAGAGGCUAAAGAAGGAGAAGAAGGCAAAGAGAAAAUUACAGGAAGCGCUUGAAUUUGAGACAAAGCGGCGCGAGCAAGCAGAGCAAACACUAAAACAGGCAGCUUCUACAGACAGUCUCAGGGUCUUAAAUGACUCUCUGACCCCAGAGAUAGAAGCUGACCGCAGCGGCAGCCGAACAGAUGCUGAAAGGACAAUACAAGAUGGAAGACUGUAUUUGAAAACUACUGUCAUGUACUGAAUUUUUCCUGUUGAAGAAAUCCAUGUUAUAGUAAAGAACUUUGCAGACAUUCGUCAUUGGAAAGUUCGGAAAAAAUAAAGUCCUUUUAAGGGAACUUCCUCAAUUUUGUGUAUUAAUGUUCUUUAAAAGUUUAAAUAUUCUACAAAAAAAAAAAAGUUUCCUCCAUUGAUUUUCACCUGUGGUUCAUACCAGAGACCUGAGAAUGUUUGUAAAUGUACAGGUAUCCAACUUCUUACAGUUAAAAACUGCAACUUUGCUGCUGGACACUUGUAUACAGAGUUAAAGGCAGGUCUGAGUAAGGCCUCGCUUUGUUUUUUAAUGGAAUGAACCAUUUCCUCCUCUGAAAAUUCUGUAUCUGAGCACAUCAAGAGACUCUUGUACCAGUGGUCACCAGACUUACAGAAUUAUGUCCUCCAGAAACCAGCAAGAACACUUGGAAAUGAACUUGUAGGGGGCAUAGAGGAUUCCUAAAAAAACAAAACAAACAAACAAACAAAAAAAACCAAAAAAAAAUAAAUAACACAAAAAAACAAAAAAAUCAAUAAAUCAAAGAGUAAUAUUCUAUUACAUUCGAUUUUAAACUAAUUGUGGGUUUUCUCCUGAAGAUUUUUUUCACAUACUUCCAAAAGACCAACAAAUGGAUGUUGACAACAACCCAGUGAAAUAACAUUUUGCGUAUCUGAAAAGAAGCAUUGACUAUAAGCCAAAAGGUUUCACUGAAGGUCUUAUUUCUUAAAAAAAAAAAAAAUGUAACAUGUUUUCAUUCCAAACUGGUAGUGGCAUAUAGAAUUUAAAAUAAUAAUGAUGCUUCUUAUUCAAACUGUUGGUCACAUGUACAGUAUAGAAACAUAAAACAUACAAGGAAGGUAUUAUGUAUGCAGUAGUAUACUAGAGUUUAGGAAAAUGAGAAUUUUAGAAAAUAUGUUUUGUCACCCUGUUAGUCAGAAAGACACCUUUCUGGUUUUAACGCAUGCAGGCAUGUAAAUAUUUGUCCGGAGUCACAGUAUUAAUGAAUGAGAUCUUAAGCAUCUGGUGAUGUCAGAACUCUGUGUCAGCCACUUUUAUUUGUAUAUUGAACCCUAGUUAGUGCCCCAAACUGCACUAUUGAGAAUGGAUUGUGGCUGAACAGUAAAUCAAAACACCAGAACUAUUUUUAUAUGUUAAUGUCAUAUUAUGUUAAUGUUGCUGAAAAACAAAACCUAACAAACCCUUGAUGUAUCAGUCCAAUACCAUGUAGCGCUGAGUGAUGAAGUUAAAAUGUGUUGUGCUUCCCCCCCGGUCAGAGGGAAGGGUGCCUAUGUGUUAUUUUCACUGUCUUUUUGAAAGUUACAGUAUGUGUUUUCACUUUUGUGCAGAUAACUGGAAGUAAAGCUGCAAACAGUGCUUAUUAGACACUGAAGUUACCUUCUCUUUGUUUUGACUAACCUGGAGUUACACCUUUAAAGACUGAUACUAUGAACCAGUACAGUCGCUGUGCAUUUUAUGAUUUGCUGUCAUGUUAAAAUUUUAUGAUCAUAACAUUAUUUAUUACCAUGAAUAGCAAAAUCCUUAAUGUCCAAGAAAACUCGCUUAAAAAUGUUUAAAGAUAGUUCUGAUUUGGUAUUAAUUAUUUGGUUAAGAGAAGAAAUGCACAUUAUAGAUACUCUGGCACUAAGCUUCUAUAGUUUUUAGGUCUUCCUUGCAAUACUGGAACAUAUUUCUUUUGUGUAGUUCGCUAUUAACCAGCUAAGUCCAUUUUUUACUACAAUAAAAAAGUUAUAUAUACAGUUCCUAUUUUAGCUUGCUGGAAAGGGAGCAGUAUUUUUAUUUAAAAUACUGUUAGUAAAUGCUCUGUAGAAACUUGGUUUUCGAGGCAUCGUUCUUCUAGACCCAUCUUUUGUUGUUGGAGCACAAGAGAUUCUAUUCCUUGUCGUAUGUAUUUCUUGCUCUUCCCUGUAUGCAGUCUUUAAAGGAUUACGACGCUUAAAAUUGGAGGGACUUGUGGCAAGCUUUUGAAUCAUACGUUUUUUAAAAGAUUUUUUAAAAAGCCUACAACUUACCGACGUAGUAGAAUCAGCCAUUGCUCUGCUCCUUGCAUAGAGUCCCCUCCCUGUUCAGUAGGUUAAAUAGUUUGAAAAUGCAGACUUUCGAGACCUUUGAGAAUGCUUUAGUGUUUGGUUUGAUAUUAAAGGAAUUUUAGCAAGGAUUAAAGAAAGAAGCUAUCAGCUGUAUGUUAAGAGAGAAUCUUACUAACAUGUUGUAAAUAUUACAAUUCAUGAAAUGUUAUUUUAAGUCUGUAACUUAAGUUUUUUCUCCUUUUUUAGUUAUACAGGUUGGUUUGAAAUUUGUUUUUGUUUUGGGGUUGGUUUUUUUUUUUUGGUAUAAACAAGUAAAAUUGUGCCCAUGUUAUGGUUUCCAUGCUUUUGUAAUCCUAAAAAUAUUAAUGUCUAGUUGUUCUGUCUUAUAACCACAUUUGCGCUCUAUGCAAGCCCUUGGAACAGAACAUACUCAUCUUCGUGUAGGACCUAUGAAAAUUGUCUAUUUUUAUCUAUAUAUUUAAAGUUUUCUAAAAAUGAGAAAAGGUUAUUACGAAUUUUGUUGUACAAAAUCUGUACAAAAAUCUGUUUUUACAUCAUAAUGCAAGAAUUGGAAAUUUUUCUAUGGUAGCCUAGUUCUUUGAGCCUGGUUUCAAUGUGAGAACCACGUUUACUGUUAUUGUAUUUAAUUUUCUUUUUUCUUUUCAACAAUCUCCUAAUAAAACUGUCUGAAAUCUC